AUGCUCAAGGAAGAAAGAGAAUUCCCCAUUACUGCCUUGUUCAAUGAUAUAAGUAAGAGAUGGUCAGAAUUAUUUUAUGAGAGACGAAUGAAAUAUGCCAAGUUAAAAACCACCUUUGUCCCUUCAGCAGAAACUAAAAUAAUGGCUAGCAAAAAUCUGGGAAAUAAGCUUUUGGUCCAUCAAAUAGAUGAAGACACAUUCAACGUUACUGCAGAUAAUAGGAUUGCAAUGGUCCGUCUACGAAUCAAAACAUGUUCGUGUCGAGAGUUUGAUUUGGACAAAAUACUAUGUCAACAUGCUAUGGCAGCACUUGACAUAAAUUUGGAGGGCAAGAUGAUUUACGAGUAUUCUUCUCCAUAUUAUAAGGUAGAGUCAUACAUACUUGCAUAUGCAGACCCAAUUUAUCCGGUGCCAGAUGAAGAAUUUUGGAACCUUCCACCGGAAGUUUUAGAGAGAGUAAUACCUCCACCUGAAAAAAGGACUAAACCGGGAAGAAAUCAGCAGAAAUGGAUGCCUACUAUAGGAGAAAUGGUUUCAAAGAAGAGAAAUAGAUGCUCUCUGUGUAAAAGCAUUGGCCACAAAAAAAGUACAUGUCCUAUGAAAUCGAAUGGAGUUGCAUGA